AUGCCUGGGUUAUUGAAGAAGAUGAAGGCACUGGAGAGAGCAAAUGAAAACUUAAAUUUUGAGAAUACCAAAUUGGAGGAGAAGGUUGAAAAAUUGGAGGAGAAAAUUGAAAAAUUGCAGAAAAAAGUUGAAAAGUUGCAAGCAUUGAACAAGAGAUUGGUUGAAAAGAAAGAAAAAAUGGAGAUGAAAAUGUGGUUUGCAUUGGCUAUAGCAACUUUGUUUUGUUCAAGUGGUGUGGGUCCCUUUGUCAUCUCAGGCUGUGGAGUUGCACAAAACUCUUGUGUCAGUUGUGACACAAAGCCCUCAUCAUCCCAGUCAGUUUCUUCUACAAAUGGAGCAGGUGGUGCCAUGCUUGGGCCUUCUUUCUAUUCAACAAAAAACACACUCAUGGCACCAUUUUUUGACAGUGACCAUUACACAAAUGAAUUACAAAGAAAAUUAACAAAGAUCAAUCCUUCUUGCAUUCUUAGGCCUACCUGCACCUCUCCCAAAUGUGGGAGUAGUCAUGCACAUAAUCAACUGCAUUUCCCUUCUGAGAUACAGUUGCACUACAUGCAUGCUUGCAUGGUAUCCCACUCAAGUCCCACAACCUACAUGUCCAAGAGGAUUCAGGGACACUCUUCAAACUACUCUUACCUGGUACUCUCCUUCUCCACCCAACAGCAGACUUCUUUCUCAGAUUAUACUUGCACCCAGACCUCUGACCUAUGCUCUCAGAUACUGCCUUCACCAUCAUUCAUUUCCCCUGGUUGUUGUGGACUAGCUCCCCUAUCCUCAUUACUCUUUAUGUACUCUGGAACCCCCCCAUUUGGAUUAGCAUUUGCUGAGACCCAGGAUUCCUGA